CCCCGUCCCCUCUGUACCCCCCAGACCCCUCAAAUCCCCCCCAAAUUCCCGUUCCGAGCCCCCGGGCCCGGCCCCACCUCAGCGGCUCCCUCAGGGCUCGGAGCGCGGCGCGGAGAGAGCGCGAUGACGUCACGCGUACGUACGUGCGCGCUGCGUGAUGACGUCGUGAGGGCGGGAAGGAGGAGCCAAGAUGGCGGCGAUGGCGGCGCUGGGCCGGAGGCUGCGGGCGCUAGGCCGGGGGGUCAGGGGGGUGCAGACCCCUCCCCGCUAUGAGGAGUCGACGGCCGAGUUCGGGUUCGUGGAGCGGCUGCUGCCCCCCAGCCGCAUCCCCGACCCCCCCCCGCACCCCAAAUACCCCACCCCGUCCGGAUGGAGCCCCCCCGCAGACCCCCCCCCGGAUCUGCCCUAUUUCGUCCGCCGUUCCCGCCUGCACAACCUGCCCGUGUACCUGGGGCUGCGGCAGGGCCGGCGCCUCACGGAGCUGCGCCGCAUCCACGGCGACAUCUGGGCGCUGGAGCGGGACCUGAGGGCGUUCCUGGGCUCCCAGGGCGUGCCCGAGGUGGCGGCGCAGGUGAACGAGGUGACGGGGACGCUGCGGCUCAGGGGACACUGGGGGGCUCAGGUGAGGCAGUGGCUGCUCCAGAGGGGCUUCUAGAGACCCCCGGGUCUGCCGGGGACCCCAGAUCUGCCAGGGGGACCCCAGAUCUGCCGGGGGACCCCAGAUCUGCAGGGGGGACCCCGAAGUCUGCGAGGGAUCUGCUGUGGGAACACCUGGAGCAGCUUGAAAUGGACCCUGGGCAGUGAAACUUCUUCUGGGAGCACCUGCAGAUCUACCUGGGCACCCCAAAAUCUGUUUGGGGCAUCUCCAGAUCCACCUGGGCACCUCCAGAUCCACCUGGAGCAUCCCAAAAUCCAUUUGGGACACCUUUAAAUCCACCUGGAGCACCCCAAAAUCUGCCUGGAAUCUGCUGUGGACAGCCCCAAACCCCAAAAUCUGUUGGGGGAACGUCAGAAUCUGUUCUGGGAUCCUGAAAUCCACCUGGGGUACCCCAAAAUCCUUGGGGGGAGCCCUGAAAUGCACAGAAAGGAUCCCAAAAUCCACAUUGAGGUACCCCAAAAUCCUUUUGGAGAACCCUGAAAUGCACAGAGAGGAUCCCAAAAUCCACCUUGGAGCCCCCAAAAACCAAACAAACCCCCCCAAAACCAUAACAAACCCCAAUAAAGGCCUCGGGUAACUC